AUGGGUAAUUGUAAAUUCAUCUGGGAAAUAAACUUCACCGAGUGUGUAUGUGUGAGUGCGUGUGUCUUAAGUGGAAGAGAACAGCAGAAACCGGAUUUCCGGGUCUUCCUCCAACAAUUUCACACUUCCGUGGCGAUUAAUCACUCCUGCAAUGUGACCGUAUUACAGGGUUCCAAAGGCGACACAGGUGCCCCAGGCGAAACCGUGAGCCGUAAAGGUGACAAAGGGAUCAAAGGUGACCAAGGAGUACCUGGACUAGACGCCCCCUGUCCUCUCGGAGCCGAUGGACUCCCUCUUGCAGGGUGUGGUUGGAGAGCACCUCAGCAGGACAUCGUGAGUACAAUGAGCCCAGCUCACGAAGGACCCGAGCCCGCAGAAACUGACUACGACGAACCCGAAGACGAGUACGAGGAAGAAUACACCGAUCCCAGUGGGAAUUUAGCCGAAAAAUAA